UUGAAAAUGACGCGGGACCUUGUGGAAACAGAGUCCGUGGAUUCACUGUCACCGUUGGACUAAAAUAGAGACUUAACUCCUCAUUAGUGAUGUUUUUCUAGAUUAAAUCGACAUUUAACCGCGAUAUUCUCGGUUCAGUUUUUUUUAAAAGACCUAACUGGGAAUAAUCGGCUGUUUUUAAACAAGCCGUUGACUUUUAACGUCGCUGUUUUGACCGCUUGUAGCUAAUCAGCUGAUCGGGUAAAACUAAUAAAAAUGGAUCCCACCGAGGACUUGUCCGCUCGGUUUCUCCUGAAACAAAUCCUCAGCACGGAGCCGCCUGCCACCCCCGUCACCCGAAGUGCCACCCAGCAUCAGAGGAGCAGCAGCAGCGGGAGCCGGAGGAGUUCCAGACUGAGCGCUAAAAAUGCUGGUGCCCAAACCCCGACGGAAAUCCUGAGGCGAAGCAUGAGGAGUAAACUGCACGAGACGAUAACCAGGAAAUCUCUGCCCGCCCCUAAAAGGAGGACGUCCUCGUUGGUGCUCAGGAAGGCGAACAGGCCGUCGACAGCCUCCAUGCUGUUCAAUGAUGAAGACACUCCGAGACACAUACUCAUGAACAUCCUGCAGACGGAGCCUGUGAAAACCCCCGUGGUUCACGAUAAAGCUCCGUCAGAGGAGUUGCAGCCGCCUUCAGCCGACACCACCAGUGUCGAGAUGUCGGGGCUGGAUCUGCCUGAUUUAACCGUGGGCAACGCAGUGAGCACCGCGAAGAGACUGGCCAGAAAGAGACCGCGGCGCCUCCUCGACGUCACCGCGUUCGAGAAACGACUUAAAGAUGGAGACGAUGCUGUGGAGGAAACUGCAGAGUUGACCCACAACCAGUCGUCACUUUCUUCAACCAGUUCCACGUCGCUGAGUCUGAAGACGCCGUUUGCUGAUGUUCAGACUGAGAAACGAGGCCUCCAGAGAAAAGUCUUCCACCGUCGAACCAUCACAGCGGAGGAGUUCGGAGCUGCUGUGGUUAAACGUCAGAUAGAAGGAGGUGUCCUGGAGGAGGAGGAGGAGGAGGAGGUUAAAGAGAUGGACGCCAGCGAAGGCUUCACGUUGAGCCUCAGCUGUUUGAACGAACCCAACGUCACCACCGACAUCGUCAACUGUAACACGGCCCUGUACGACCAGGGACCCUCGGUCACUAUGGAGACGGUGGAGGAGGAGGUGAGGGAGGAGGUGAGGGAGGAGGUGAGGGAGGACAAAAUGUUCCAGGAACCUGGAAACGAGGACGGAGAUGAGGCUCAGACUGGACCUGAAGAGUCUGCGGCAACAUCUGAGGAGGUGGAGUCUGGAGAAGGAGCGAACACAGAGAAGACUCAGACUGAGGUGGAGGAGGUGGAGGAGGAGGAGGUCGAAGCAACGUCUCAGGCUGAGGAAGAGGAGGUCGCACCUGAUUCUAAAACUGAGGAGAAAGACGAUGAGGAAGAUGCAACUGAAUCUCAGGUGGAAGAAGUCGUGUCUCAGACUGAAGACGCAGAUUCUCAAGAAGACGUCGAGGAAGAGGAGGAGGAGGAGAAGGAGGAGGAGGAGGAGGAGGUCGAAGCAGCGUCUCAGGCUGAGGAAGAGGAGGUCGCACCUGAUUCUAAAACUGAGGAGAAAGACGAUGAGGAAGAUGCAACUGAAUCUCAGGUGGAAGAAGUCGUGUCUCAGACCGAAGAUGCAGAUUCUCAAGAAGACGUCGAGGAGGAGGAAGAGGAGGAGAAGGAGGAGGAGGAGGAGGAAGAGGAGGAGGAAGAGGAGGAGGAGGCUGCACCUGAUGCUCAAACUGAAGAGGAAAUUAAAGAGGAAGAUGUUGAUUCUCAAGCCGACGUUGAAGCUACGUCUCAGUCUGAGAAGGAGGAGGAGGAGGAGGAGUCUCAGGCUGAAGGUGAACACAUGAGUCGAAGAGCUCGACGCUCUGAAGCUUCACUCAUCACGACGAGAACAGAGGAAAGAAGAGAUUCAGGACACAGUUUUCUGGAGACGGGAAACCAAGAGAGUCGUGGUCUGACUCAAACUUUGAAUCCUGACGCGAGUGAAACUUUAAACGAAGAUCAAACCGACGCCGAUAAAGAAAACUCCUUCUAUCCUGAGCUGAUCUCACAGGAAGAAGCUGCUCCUCAGGAGGAGGAGGAGGACGACGAGGACGAGGACGAGGAGGAGGACGAUGAAGACGACGAUGAAGACAACGACCAGAUGAAGACUCCGCCGUUCGUCAGAGAGAAGAGGAACUUCUUCCUCCCGGGUCCUUCAGCGUCGUCCUCAAGUGAUAAAAAUAUUCAAGCCGGUGGCUCGACUGAAGCUCGUCCUGCAGCCAAACCGAGGCCGGUGAGGAAGAGGACGGCGGCCGGGGAGAAGAGGAAAAACGCCGGCGUCCUUCCCAAGAGUUACCUCAUGACCGUCUUCAAGCACUUCGCCAAAACUAAAGUGUCUGCAGACGUCUACCCCGUCCUGGACUGUGUGAUGGAGGUUUUCUUCGAGCGUCUGGCGGCAGAUUUGGAGACGUACGCCGCCCACGCCAGGAGGAGAACCAUCGACGUGGAGGACGCUGAGCUUCUGUUGAGGAGGCAGGGUCAUGUGAACGACAAGGUGCCGGUGGAGGUUCUCAUCGAAAAGUAUCUUCGCAUGGAGCAGAGGAAGCUGCUGAUUCCCGUCGCCACCAGUGGAAACGUGGUCGUUCCUAAAAGGAGGAGGUGAAUCUUUCAGAAGCAGCUUCAUGUUUGAUGCUUUUCUCCGUUCGCUGCGUCUCCACCACAGAGUCUGUACAUGUAUAAAUAUAUUGUUCUGUUUGUGGUGUUUGUAAAGUUUUUUAUGUAACACAAGUUCUGCUUUUUUUUGUGUGUUUUUUUUUAAUCGACGUGUAUUUUUACUUUAAUUUCUGACCCUUAGAAACAAAACUUUCUGAAACUAACUCAAGCUGAAAUAAACUUCUCACUUUCUUUGGUA